AUGAAGCUCUUAGCCCCCAUUCUAGCCACCACCUGCCUGGCUAGUAGCGUCCUAGCAGCUCCCCGCAGUGGGCUAGCAGAGCGCAUGCAAGCCCGGUCCAUGGCUCGUGGUUCGCGUCCCCUACAGCCACACCCUUCAGAAUCAGACCCCAAGAGCAACCACCGCGAGGAAGUGGCUUCGUCCCCGAACACAUCUCACGUCACAUACAGCAGCAAUUGGGCCGGCAUUGUGCGAGAGGAACCGCCCAGCUCAGGUCCGUACACAGCCGUCAGCGCGACCUUUCAGGUCCCCAAGCCCACCGCUGCAGCCAGCAGCCGCGGCACGCAGGCCGGCUCCGCCUGGGUCGGCAUCGACGGCGACACGUACAACGCCGCCAUCCUCCAGACUGGGGUGGAUUUCUACGUCCAGAACGGCAAGGUCUCCGGCGAUGCCUGGUACGAAUGGUACCCAGACUACGCGUACGACUUCGAUCUCUCCGUGAGCCCUGGGGAUACCAUCGUGGCCAAGGUCCAGGCCCUCUCGCCCAGCCAGGGGGUGGCCAUCAUCGAGAACAAGUCCACCGGCCAGAAGGCGACGCAGACGAUUUCCGCCCCUGAAGCGACGGCCACCCUGGCGGGCCAGAAUGCUGACUGGAUCGUCGAGGAUUUCCAGGCGGGCGAUGAACAGGUUGCGCUCACAGACUUCGGCACGGUCACGUUCACCGGCGCGCAGGCCCAGGGCGGGGGCCAGACCGUGGGUGUCCAGGAUGGGACGGUCAUUGAGCUGAAGCAGAAUGAUCAAGUGAUGACGGAGGUGGAUGUACAGAGCGACACGAAGUUCAGCGUUACCUACAUAGGAUGA